AUUUUUCCUUUCAGACAUAAGAGCUAAAUACCUAGCAAGUGCUCUUCUAUUUUCCCUCCCAAGUGUGAACAGUUUCUCUUUAAAAUUCAAGAUGGUAAGACCUCUAAAGAGUUGCCUGCAAUUAUCCCUCAAGAUUGCAAACAUAACAAUAGGAUUUACGGGCAUUGCGAUGCUUAUUUAUGGUGUAUGGAUGAUUAGAGUUUGGCAGAGAGAUGCUGCGGACUCACCAUCAUCCCCUGAUUAUGCUCAGUUUCCUUGGUUCAUCCAUGCAUUUCUUGGUGUUGGUACUGCUUUAUGUGCAAUCACUUGCCUUGGUCAUAUCGGUGCGAACUCUGCCAAUUCCUGUUGCCUCUCAUUUUAUAUUUUCAUCAUAUUUGUGCUUCUUCUAUUAGAGAUUGGAAUGGGAGCUGAUGUUUUCUUGAACUCUGACUGGGAGAAGGAUUUACCAGAAGAUCCAUCAGGAAGGUUUGAUGAUUUCAAGGAUUUUGUCAACUCAAAUAGCGAUGGCUGCCAAUGGAUUGCCCUGCUCUGUGUUCUAACACAGGGGGGCUGUAUCUUAUUAGCUACAAUUCUAAGAACUCUUGGGCAAGUUAAGGAAUAUAGUGAUGGGAAUGAAGGUGAAUAUGCAGAACGAUCGGCUCCGCUUCUGCGAUCUCCAGAACUGCCACCAAGUCCACUGUAUCCAUAUGUUAUUGGUGAACCAGUUAAUAGUGAGCCAAAUUAUGUCUACAAGAUUGUUUGAGUUUUGGAACGCAAAGGUUAGAUCCAUAGUAAAAAUUAUAUCUUGAAAUUUCUUUUGGCUUUUUAUGUUAUUGAAGUUUUCCAGUGUCUGCCGAAGCUGAAGUGAAUGAAGUUUUCCAUGGUUGCUGAGGCAGCACGCACAACUCAAAUAUUGAACUUGAAGUUUGGAUAUUGAGACAGAGAUAAAACCUGCUAAGGCAGCUUAGUUAGGAAUAUUGACUAUGAUGUAGCUUCUCCAAUAGCUUAAGAAUGAAUUUUAUGAGAAAUAGAUAAGACCAUAUUUGUGUAUUUAAUAGUAUUAUUUUGUAACUUAUGUUUUCCGCGGUAUCAUUUCAUUUAUCACGGUGAAUUAUAUUUGUUGGAUAUGCUAUUGUAGUAUUGUCAAUAUAAAUAUUGAAUAUUGAGUAGAAAAGAUGAUUGGCAUC